GUAAUAGCCCAAAAUAUGUACGCGAGGUAUAAACACAGACCAAGAGUUGUACAGAGUAUAAUGCGACAAAACGAAAGCGGCCGCCUCGUGGUCUUCACUUCCAAUAUGUCGACCGAAUACUUCUCGAAAUUAGUAAGUGAAGAUAAAAAGCAUUAUUCAAAAAAACUCACGCUUGCCAACGGAACACUCCUACGCGACCCUUUUUCACUGAAGGGAGAAGAUUGGAGCGACGAUGUAUCAUUGCUACCCGAUGUUACGCAUAUGGAUUUGUAUGUCUAUCUCAUCCAUACACCCAGUGAAUUUACAAAUGAAUCUUUGAAAGCUUAUAAAUCCUUAGAAGCUUACAACUUUUAUCUUUCUGGGCAUGUUCAAGAUGUUUAUUGCCACCUCUUGAAAGACGUUGAAUUUUGCUACAUUAAAUCCUCCGUACUACCUAGUCAGAGACAAGGACAAAAGCAAAAACUAUAUGAUGUAUGGAUCAUUUUACACACAAGUGGAUGGGUACUUUCAGCAAAUUGUACCUGCGUUGCUGGCCUUGGCUCGGCAUGCAGUCAUGUUGCUGCCCUUUUGUUCAAACUGGUUGCUUGUGCUACAUUGGAGUUAAACAAAAAAGCUUGCACAAGCAAAUUAUGCUCAUGGAAAAAAUCUAGAAAAAGAGCACACCCUGCACCUCUGAAGCACAUAAACUUCAAAAGACCAAAAAAAAGCGAAGUCCUGCCUACUAUAGACGAACCUUUUGAAGGUGAAUUGAAAGGAUUCACAUCAGUGGAUCCCUUGAAAUUCGUAACAGAAGAGGAAAAACAACAGUGGAUUUCACUCAGUCAAAUUGCUCCAGAUGCAGUUGUACUUAAAAAUAUAAGUCUGGAUUUAGGUGAAACAACACACCAUGAUGAUAGCGAAACAGAAACUGCGGAUGAAAAUGAAAAAAACAUUCUUCCUGAACCAUUGACAUACAUAUACGACUCCGCUGCCAUAAAUAAAAAUGAAAUAGAAAUAAAUAACAUUGCUCAAAAAAAUUACAAUCAAUACAAAUCCUCGUGCUUUGAUAUGCAGUUUGAAAACUUGAAAAAAUUCACAGAAGCUCAAAGCCUUAGCGACAAAUGGAUGCUACAUCGAGCUGGGCGAAUAACAGCUUCAGUUUCAAAACUUGCCUUCACUUCAGAUUUGAAAAAAACAAAAACGUUAAUUGAGACCAUCAUGCAAUAUAAAGAGCCUGUUGACGUUGUUGCAACAAGAUAUGGGAAAAGAAUGGAGAAUAGAGCUCGUUCAGUAUAUGAACAACAUGUCAAACAACACCAUGUUGAUCUCCAAGUUGUCACAACUGGACUUCAUAUUGAUCCAAACUUUCCAUAUCUUGCAGCAAGCCCUGAUGGAUUAGUGAAGUGCAAAUGUCAUGGUCAGAGUUUAGUUGAGAUCAAAUGCCCAUUUAAAUAUAAAAAAAGUUUGAAGCUAUGGAGAAACGAUAAAAAUUGUCCCAUUGAUAAAGCUGGGAAAUUCAAAAAAAAUCAUGCUUAUUACUUCCAAGUACAACAUCAAAUGUUAGUAACUAAAAUGAAUUAUUGUGACUUCUUUGUUUUUUCACAAGGAAAGCAAGAAAAUGAUACUUUUCUGAUCAGGGUUACAAAAAAUGAACCAUUUUGUCGGAAACUUCGUGAAAAACUGGCCAUUGUAUUCGAAAAGGUUUUGUUACCAGAGCUUGUCACUCGGAAAAGUGAUCCCAAGUUACUAAAUGAAGAAAAGGUGUAUUGCAUAUGCAGAAGACCAUCCUUCCCACCUAUGAUUGGUUGUGACAAUUUAGGCUCAUGUGACAUAGAAUGGUUCCAUUAUUCUUGUGUGAAGAUAACAAGAGCACCGAAAACUUGGCUAUGUUCUACCUGUCAGAAUAAUAUUAAAAAAAAAUAGUGUGUCACAUUAUAUCAAAGUAAUAUAUGUAAUAUAAUAUAACAAUAUGUUAGUUGUGUGCGAAGUAUCAAAUUCUCUGUAAUAAUAUAUGUUAUAUAAUGCCUUUGUUCAAGUUCACCAAAGCACAUAUAACGAUAAACACAUCGUCCAAUAAAUCUACUUGAGUGAUAGGUAUGGUUGUGUUCAAAAUUUCAAACUUUCUCAAACGUCCAAUAACUCUCUCAAUGUGGAUUCGAACAUUGGCUAUUUUUCGAGAUCGAUCUACAUCCAUUGCUGACAUUUGUUCCUUCCCUCUGGUAAAUUCAGGUAUUUUUAAUACCACGCCUCGUGUUGCCAACUCUUGCUCGAUAAGGAAUCCUCGAUCAGCCAAAACAAGAUCUCCAUUUUCGACUAAAUCCAAAAAACCACUUUUUAUUGUUAUUUCCUUAUCAGAGACUCUACCUCCCCAUCCUUCUGAUAGGAAACUAACACU